AUGUCUUAUCAAAGGGCAAGAAACCUAACGUCAGGAGACUUCAACACCAGACCAAUAGUACACGAAGAAGAAAAUGUCUCACAAGAUAUUCCUGUGGACCCAUUUAAUGUAUCCCCAGUUAGUGAGCUUGAUCUGAACUAUUCUAAUACACCACUGACACAGGAUCAAUAUGGACGUCCCUUUAUCGUUGACAAUUCAUCCUCUUCUUCGUCUUCCCUGGCUAACGUAUUCAACAACCAACCCAGACUGGGAUACACAAGAACAGCAACCAAUGCAAAAUACCUGCACAAUCCAAUUAGAAAUGAGAACCUAUUCAUCAACCAACCGCCUGCGUAUGACAGAUACCCUGUUAUUAAGGAUUCGGAAACCAAUUCAAUAUCGCUGUCGCGCUCACAACUGCUGCAGCAACCACAAACGACCUUCGCUGACAAACUAAAUCACAAGUUGGAGUCUUCAUCCUCUGAGAGAUCAACUGGAGACACAAAGGAUGCAGCAUCAUAUAAAUUUACCGAGUUUAGUCCAUUCGGCGGUUAUCCAGCGACGUCGUUUCCCUUGAGUAUAGAGGAAAAGGAGCCCGAUGAUGAUUUGCAUAAUCCUAACCCAGUCAAAGAUGCUGAAUACGAAAAGAACCGCUUUUGGUAUGAUCUAAAACAAGGUGACAGACGGUCAUACUUUGGAAUAUUGGGGUUUCUAUUCCUUAUUGCCGCUGCAGUUGCUGUUUUUGUCAUAUUGCCAGUAUUGACCUACUCUGGUGUCACCGACCACAGAGCAGCCCCGGAAACGUACGAAAUCUUGACCCAUUAUCAAUACCCCAUGUUGAGUGCGGUGCGUACAAGCUUGGUUGACCCAGACACUCCUGAAGACGCAUUAUCUUUGGAGUCAAAGAGUGGUGAUAAAUGGAAUUUGGUAUUCAGCGAUGAGUUCAAUGCUGAGGGGAGAACGUUUUACGAGGGUGAUGACCAAUUCUUUACUGCUCCUGAUAUCCAUUACGACGCUACAAAGGACUUGGAGUGGUAUGACCCUGAUGCAGUCACCACUGCCAACGGUACGUUGACUUUACGCAUGGAUGCCUUUAAGAACCACGAUUUGUUUUAUCGAUCAGGGAUGUUGCAGUCCUGGAACAAAAUGUGCUUCACUCAAGGGAGAAUUGAGAUCUCGGCAAGAUUGCCUGAUUAUGGAUACGUUUCUGGACUAUGGCCAGGGCUUUGGACCAUGGGAAAUUUAGGACGCCCAGGAUACUUGGCUACAACCGAAGGCGUUUGGCCCUAUUCCUACGAUUCAUGUGAUGCAGGCAUCACUCCAAAUCAAUCGUCUCCCGAUGGAAUUUCGUAUUUGCCAGGACAACGUUUGAAUAAAUGCACCUGCUCCGGUGAAUCGCAUCCAAACCCCGGUGUGGGAAGAGGUGCCCCCGAGAUUGAUCUCAUUGAAGCGGAAAUAAUGAUUGACAGUAAAAAUAUCAAACCAAAUAACGGAGUGGCCUCGCAAUCGCUACAGCUUGCCCCAAUGGAUAUCUGGUAUUACCCCGAUUAUGAGUUUAUUGAGAUUUACAACUACUCAAUCACCACCAUGAAUACCUACACCGGCGGUCCUUUCCAGCAAGCCUUCUCCGCCACCACUACCUUGAAUCGUACGUGGUAUGAAAAAGGAGCAGGAUACGAACACAAUUAUCAAGUUUAUGGGUACGAGUACCUAAACGACGAUAGUAGUGGGUAUUUGCGCUGGUAUGUUGGACGGGAUCCAACAUUGACGGUGUAUUCCUCUUCAUUACACCCUAAUGGAAAUAUUGGAUGGAGGCUCUUAUCAAAAGAGCCCAUGAGUAUCAUUAUGAAUUUUGGGGUGUCAAACAACUGGGCCUACAUCGAUUGGGGCGAGUUGUCAUUCCCAGCUACAUUCAUGAUUGAUUACGUGAGAGUUUAUCAACCACAAGAUGCUGUUAAUGUUGGGUGCGAUCCAGUGGAUUUUCCAACUUAUGAUUACAUUCAGGAGCAUUUAAACAUUUAUGAGAAUGUUAACUUAACUUCCUUUGAAGAUGGCGAUUACACAUUUCCCAAGAAUAAGCUUAUUGGGUGUUAG